ACACACACACCGGGAGGAGCCGUCUACCCUCCGUCACCCAUACCCGCCCCUGAGGACGGUGCGUCGUUGUCGGCGUCAAUAUUAUUUAUUAUUCCCGUUAGUCUCGGUAUUUUGCGCCGCAGCUGCUCACGGUGAUCGUUAAAACGGACGCGUCUCGUUGUUUUGAGGCGCGUGUUUUUUCUUGUAACGGGGAUUAUUGAGGCGGCAUCAGCGCGCGGUGAUGCUCUCCGUUAAAGGAUCGUGAAGCGUCGCGAGUCUAAAGGACCAUUGCCGUGGAUGGUUUGGCGUUUGUGUGUGUUUGUUUUGCUCUGAUGGCGAACAUGAGCAGUAGUGUGUGCAUGGAAACCCCACACACUCAUGGCCACGCCCACGGCCACACCCACAACUACAACCCCACCCCUGGGCGGGACUUUCCUCUGCAGAUCGACUCGUGCAUGAACCCAGUGUUGGACUACAGCGCGCAGAUGGAGCGCUACCGCUCGUUCGCCACCUUCUAUAAGAACAGCACAGCUGCCGUGGCCGCAGCUGCCGCGGCCCCAUUUCCCCAGACCGCCAAAAUCGGCCGAAUUGCCACACCCCUCUUCCCCUCGGCACGCCUAUCGGCAAUGCCGCCCUGGCCCUGCGACAACGCCAUGCUAUGGGGGCGAAAGCCCACCGCGGUUAAUGUUAACGGACCUCACACACAUCGGACUGGUAUGUCGAGGGCGGAGCAGGUGAAUGUGCACAUGUCCGCCAAACACAUUCCACAAGACUCCGCCCUCCAGAUGGGCGCUGACAACUUCCUGUCGCCUAUAGCCUCGGAGCAAUGCCGCGGUCUUCCCGUAACGGGCGCCGAGUGCAUGAACCGACUGAAGUGCCCAUCAUCUGUGCCGCCUAGCGGAGCCGGAGAGACGGACCGUGGCGGGACAUUCGGAGGGAUGACCCCAUUGGGGGGUCUGUCGCUGCCACCGGGGGUCAUCGUCAUGACGACGCUUCACUCUGGUGCAGGGUCGUCAGGGGUCACGAUGUCAGACAGCGCGUUUCAGAUUGCUAACGUGGCGGCGGACUGCCAGCACAGCGGCUCGUCCUGCUCCGGCUCGCCCGCCGCUCUUAACGGAAACGUCAAUGGCAGCUGCAGCAGCAACGGUAGCGGAGCGGCUAAGCGCAAGCGUAAGCGCUGCGGCGUGUGCGCCCCCUGCAGGAGGCUCAUUAACUGCGGCGUGUGCAGCUCCUGUCGAAACAGAAAGACGGGUCAUCAGAUCUGCAAGUUCAGAAAGUGCGAAGAACUCAAGAAGAAACCAGGCAGCACGAUGGAGGUGGGAUUCUCACACGCACUCACACAUAUGCAGGGAGCUCUACUGAAGUGGGCUGUUUGAUUUGAUGGGGGUUUGGAGUAUAGCCCAGUCUUGGCACGAGCGACUGUAGUUAAACAUCAGGCAUUAAUGUCUGUUUGUGUGUGUGUGUUAGCUGAUGGCUUGAGUCCUCUUAAGCUGGAAAAAUGCACUUACACUCAAGCACACACUUUAUCUCUCUCACACACACACAGUCAGUAUUGAAGGCUGAGAGAUGAGGCAACAUGUUGUAAGUUCUCUGUAAUAAUACAAAGACAGCUUAAUCUAUUCACAACCUGUUAACACAACUCACCAGAAUCAAAAUCAAGACCAGUGUAGAAGUGACUUUCAAACCAAGCAUCUUUCCCACUGAAAUGACGUGAUAAUUCACUAAACAAUGGUAAAUGUGAACACACCUUUACACAGGAAGAUUUUAAAGGCCUGUUCACACCAAUAAUGUUAACUACAUUAGCAGACAACAGUUUCAUGUUUAUUCUAAGUGUGCAUUGCAGUUUUGUCUUCUGCUGCUUUACAUGCUCGUGCUCUUUAAAGUCAGAUGGAUUGUUCUGAAAUAUUCUGAAAGUGAUUCCAACACUAUCAUUUCUGUGUGUAGAUAUAGUUGGGGUGCAUCCUUCAUUAUUCUCAAAGGAUUUAAACGUCUCGUUAUAGUUAUCAUCCUUGGUGCGGACAGGCUUUAAGAGUUUGUUUGGAGUCUCCCUGGCUCUGCAUUUGUGAUGUUUCAAUACAAUUAAAGAAAAACCCAAGAUGUGCAGUGUUGGGGAGGGUCCAGGAACAUUUAUGCAUUUGGCAGACACUCUUAUCCAAAACAACUUACACUGAAUGCAAGAUGUACAUUUUUAUCAGUUCAUACAUUCCCUGGUUUCUGAACCCAAAACCCCAAAUUGCCAACUCCAUGCUCUAAUGUUUGAGCUACAGAAACGCCUUAGUAGCAAGUAAACUAGAUAUCCAAGACAUCUACACAUAGUUCAGAGUAAUAUGCAAUCAAUGCCAAAAAUGUGAAAAAAACACUACCAAUUCUUGGUCAACUAGUUUACGUGCUACUUUUUUCCCAACAAAACUCAUGUUGUUCAAUCCUCUCAAACUUAAUCAAAUCCAGUGACUAAAAGUUUCAUAAUUACAUUCAUGCAUAAACCAGACGCUUUUGAUCCAAAGAGAAACAAAAGCAAUUCUUCGAAAAGCCAACAAUAAUCGUUACAUAAAGUCGGAAACACAGUUGCGAGGGCCUUUGCAUACAGAUGGUCGGCUUUGUCUGUUGUUUUUGUUUUCCCAAUUUAAUUCUUAUUUGUGAUGAAUCAAUAUUUUGAACCAUUGCAUCUUAUUGUGAAGAUGAUUCACAUCAAACGACACAUCAUUUCUGUGAUUAGCUGGGCCAUUAAAUCCAGCUAAACUGGAAUCUGUCCAGUAUUCCCACUGUCUCCUGUGUCUUCCCUCAGAGAGCACCAUCAGCAGGAGCCGCAGACACCUUCCGCUGGUUCUUCUGAAGAACCGCCACCGAUACACAUCAUAAAACCAGACUUGAACACUAG